ACGCGGCUGCUCCUGCUCCUACUCGCCGGCUGCACCGGGGCUGUGGAGCCGGCUGCAGUUCUCCAUCCCAUGGCCCUGUCCGAGUGUUGAGCACCCUCCUACCAUGAAGACCAUCAUUGCUGCCUACUCCGGGGUGCUCAGAGGCACAGGAUCAAACAUUCUUUCUGCUCUGCAGGAUUUGUUCUGGCUAUUGAAAUCCAAAGUAGAGAAACAACUCCAAAUCAUCUCCGUGCUGCAAUGGGUUCUCACUUUUCUUAUCAUGGGUAUUGCUUGCACUUUAAUCCUCAUGUACAUACUGUGCACAGAUUGCUGGGCGAUUGCUGCUCUAUAUUUAGCCUGGCUGGUAUUUGACUGGAAUACACCAAAGAAAGGGGGAAGAAGAUCCCAGUGGGUGAGAAACUGGACUAUAUGGAGGUACUUCAGGGAUUAUUUUCCAAUAAGACUGGUUAAAACCCACAAUCUGCUGACCACCAGGAAUUACAUUUUUGGGUACCAUCCACAUGGCAUCAUGGGCUUGGGUGCCUUUUGCAACUUCAGCACAGAGGCCACAGGUGUGAGCCAGAAAUUCCCUGGGAUCCGACCGUACCUUGCUACCCUGGCUGGGAACUUCAGGAUGCCCAUCUUGAGGGACUACUUAAUGUCUGGUGGUAUAUGUCCUGUGAACCGKGACAGCAUAGACUACAUCUUGUCCAAGAAUGGCAGUGGCAAUGCCAUCAUCAUUGUGGUUGGAGGGGCAGCAGAGUCCCUGAACUGCACCCCAGGGAAGAACUCUGUGACACUGAAGAACCGRAAAGGAUUUGUGAAACUUGCUCUACGGCAUGGAGCGGACUUGGUUCCUGUCUACUCCUUUGGUGAGAAUGAAGUGUACAAGCAGGUGAUCUUUGAAGAGGGUUCCUGGGGCAGAUGGGUUCAGAAGAAGUUCCAGAAGCACAUUGGCUUUGCUCCAUGCAUCUUUCAUGGCCGUGGCCUCUUCUCCUCCAACACGUGGGGAUUGUUACCUUACUCCAAGCCUAUCACUACUGUUGUUGGAGAGCCCAUCACCAUCCCCAAAACUGAUAAUCCAUCCCAGGAGGAAGUGGACUUCUACCAUAGCUUAUAUGUGGACUCCCUGAUCAAACUCUUUGACAAAUACAAGAGCAAAUUUGGCCUGCCAGAGACUGAGGUCUUGGAAGUCAACUGAAGGCACUGGUUCAGCAGCACCUCCUUCUCUCAGAACCAACACAUCUUUUCCAGGAGUCCAAGUUGUCAUUGUGUACUUGAAAGCAAGUGUGGGUGUAUGUCUCCUUCAAAGCAAGUGUUUAAAAUAUUGCUAGACCACUUCUGAAAAUAAUAAAGAAAGGCUUUGCUUUAGAGAAAUCCCAUUACAAACAACCUUUUAUAAAAACAAAAAAAAAAAAGCACAAUGCACUGUUGCUGUGAGGAUUCGGAUGGGGUGAAUAAUUGCCUUUGUAAUCUGCUAUAUAAUGCUGUUGGAUCGCCAGCAAUGGAUUAGAAACAUUCCUACAGCUACUGUACCCACUAGCACAAGCUAUUUUGGCAGAGUAGAUCCCAUCUCCCAUCUGAUUUUCAACCUAAAAAGCAGCAGGUUGAUGUGAGCAGCAUGGCAGUYUCACUAGCGGGUUGCACAAGAGCCCUGUUAAGUCAUACUUGCGUAGCAGAAUUUCUGCUUUGGAAAGGCCCUUUCUGGAAGUUCAGUGGGGCUGCCAGCCCCCCUGGUGUGGCAUCGAUGAUGGAUGGUGCAGGAAACCAAGUGGGAAGAGUCMGGUGAACCUUGAUCCAUAGCGUAGUGGAUGAUUUGGUGGCUGUAACUUCACCACUCUGAAGCAAAUAUGUCCCAGGUGCUGUGUGCACAGAGGCUURUAGCUGGGAAAAUGGGACUUCUUCAUAGCCACAAAAUUCCAAAGACAAGUUCCAGGAGCAGUGGGAUGGUACAGUCAUGUGGCCCUGGUGUUGCAGACUCUUAUGGGUAGCCCAUAGGGAGAAAGUGCAGUGGGACUCUUGGUGCAAGUGUUUUGGAUCCCAGAAGUAUUCGGGGAAAAUUUGGGAGUAACUUCUGGCCAAAGUAGGCUUUUAAUUAUUCCGUCCAGUGAAUGUAAAGGAGUAGCCUUUGCACACAUAGGAUCUAAAGUGAGCUACUUUUAAAAGUCUUUAUAAAAUGUUUACGUGGAUGUUAAUAUUGCUUGUAGUGAGAUUUCUUCAGAGUACAAUUUGUUUAUGUAUAAACCUGAAACGUCACACUACUUGCAUGUCUGACCUGCCUUUUCAGCGAUUCAGUUGAGUGUUUCUUGAGCUCUAAAAUGUGCCUUUCUUCCAUGCAAGAGGCUGGUACUUCACAUUCCUGCAAUCUUGCCUCUGAAGACAAAUUGGUCAUAUUUGAUAGAUGAUUGUAUUACAGAGCAUCAAUUUUUGUACAAAUUUCUAGAAAUAAACUUG